AUUGUAGAAGUUUUGCUAGCCGAGACGAUAAGAGAGAUAUUUCAAAUUCCACCCCUUUCUCCUUUGUAAUAUCCUCUCCCAAACGCUCCGUUCUCCUUGUUUAGCUUCUCUUUCAGUGAGCCCUCAAUCUGACUGCAUCAAAAUAAUGGCUUUAAUCAUGUUCUUUCAGUGAGAUUAAACCUAUCUCUUUAAUCUUCUUUGAAUUUUCUUCUAUAUACUCCAUUUUCCCAUCUUUAAACUUCACAGAGAAGUUAACAAUGGCAGCUUUUACCGCUUUAUCUAUUUGUCCCUGUUCUCUCUUUUAUCGUCCUAAUCAUGUCAAACGCUACAUUUCCUGCUCUGUUGGUCCCUCUCGUAGUUUAGGUACAAAUGCGACAAAAGUACCACGUAAAAGACCUGGAAGACUCGAGGGUGCUAGCAAAAGUAUGGAAGAUUCCGUAAAGCGAAAAAUGGAGCAGUUCUAUGAAGGUUCCACUGGUCCACCUCUACGUGUUCUGCCCAUUGGUGGCUUGGGUGAAAUUGGGAUGAACUGCAUGCUUGUCGGUAAUUAUGAUCGUUAUAUUCUGAUUGAUGCAGGCAUAAUGUUUCCAGACUACGAUGAGUUUGGUGUUCAAAAGAUUAUACCAGAUACCACUUUUAUAAAAAGAUGGAGCCACAAAAUUGAAGCUGUUAUUAUUACACAUGGACAUGAAGAUCACAUUGGUGCGUUGCCUUGGGUUAUCCGUGCCCUGGAUCCAAAUACACCAAUAUUUUCGUCCUCUUUCACCAUGGAGCUCAUAAAGAAGCGUUUGAAAGAAUUUGGAAUUUUUGUCCCUUCUAGACUGAAGGUGUUUAGAACUAAAAGGAGAUUCACAGCUGGGCCAUUUGAAAUAGAACCUGUUAGAGUUACCCAUUCAAUACCCGAUUGCUGUGGAUUGGUUAUGCGCUGCAGUGAUGGUACCAUUUUCCACACCGGUGAUUGGAAGAUUGAUGAGACACCUGUUGAUGGAAAAGCUUUUGACCGUGUUGCGUUGGAGGAGCUUUCCAAGGAAGGAGUUACAUUAAUGAUGAGUGAUUCGACAAACAUAAUGUCACCUGGGAGGACUAUUAGUGAAAGUGUUGUGGCAGAUGCAUUGCUAAGGCAUAUCUCAGCUGCCAAGGGAAGAGUGAUUACCACCCAGUUUGCAUCAAAUAUACAUCGCCUUGGAAGCGUAAAAGCAGCCGCAGAUGCCACUGGUCGAAAGUUGGUUUUUGUUGGAAUGUCCUUAAGAACAUAUUUGGACGCUGCUUGGAAGGAUGGGAAGGCACCUAUUGAUCCGUCUACUCUGGUUAAGGUGGAAGAUAUUGAUGCUUAUGCCCCAAAAGAUUUAUUGAUUGUAACAACAGGCUCUCAAGCAGAGCCACGUGCUGCCCUUAAUCUUGCCUCUUAUGGGAGCAGUCAUUCCCUCAAAUUAAGCAAAGAAGAUGUUAUAUUAUACUCUGCGAAGGUCAUACCUGGAAAUGAAUCUCGGUGUAUGAAAAUGUUCAAUCGUAUUUCGGAACUUGGUUCAACAUUAGUUAUGGGUAGAAAUGAGAUGCUGCACACUUCUGGUCAUGCCUACCGUGAGGAAUUGGCGGAAGUACUGAAGAUUGUCAAGCCACAGCAUUUCUUGCCCAUUCAUGGUGAGCUGUUGUUCCUGAAAGAGCAUGAACUGCUUGGAAAAUCAACUGGUAUUCAACACACUACUGUGAUAAAGAAUGGAGAAAUGCUUGGAGUUUCUCAUCUUAUGAAUAGAAGAGUUUUAUCAAAUGGGUUUGUUUCCCUGGGCAAAGAAAAUUUACAGUUGAUGUAUAAUGAUGGUGAUAAAGCAUUUGGUACAUCUGCUGAACUUUGUAUUGAUGAAAGAAUGAAGAUUGCUACAGAUGGUAUUAUUGUAAUCAGCAUGGAAGUUUUACGCCCUCAUGCCGUAGAGGGUUAUACAGAGAAUACCUUGAAGGGGAAAAUAAGAAUAACCACCCGAUGCUUAUGGCUAGAUAAAGGAAAGCUUUUAGAUGCGCUGUACAAAGCUGCCCAUGCUGGGUUGUCUAGCUGUCCUGUAAAUUGUCCACUUUCACAUAUGGAGCGGACAGUUUCUGAGUUAUUAAGAAAAGUGGUGAGGAAGUACAGUGGAAAAAGACCUGAAGUCAUUGCGGUUGCUACCGAAAAUGCAGCAGCAGUUAUAUCUGAAGAAGUCAAUGGACGGCUAUCUGGAAAAUCACAUAGUGGCUUUGGUCUAUCAGCAUUGAAAAAGGCAUUUGAUGGACAUCAUCAAAGAAAAAAGUCCGGAAAAGUACAAGAUGAGGAAGAUGAUGGUCAUCUGUCUCAAGAUAGCAGUAGCAUGCAGCUGGAGUCUGAAGAUAAUAGUGAAUUUGAUAGGCUCCUUGAAAAGGUUGACAAAGCUGGCUCUGCUUCGGAUAUAGAAGAGAGCUCUUCUGCAGAAUCUGAGAAUUCAGAUGGUAUUUGGAAGUCAUUUACCGGGUUGUCAACACUACCAACUGGUAAGCAAGAAGAAAGGGGUGAAAUAUCUACUUUACUUGAGGAAUAUGCAGACAGAAGCAGAGGUGGGGAAGUUAAUAAAGAUGAAUCUGAUGAGGAGUCAAAACAUUCCACAAAGCGUUCAAAGUCAACAACACGAAAUAAAUGGAAGCCUGAAGAGGUUAAAAAGUUGAUAAUGCUGCGUGGAGAGUUGCAUGACAGAUUCCAGGUUGUAAAAGGACGUAUGGCACUCUGGGAAGAAAUAUCAUCAAGCCUUUUGAAUGAUGGCUUCAAUCGGACACCUGGACAAUGCAAAUCCUUGUGGGCUUCUCUUGUCCAAAAAUACGAGGAAAGCAAGAGUGAUGAAAAGAGCAAGAAAAGUUGGCCUCACUAUCAAGAAAUGGACACAAUAUUAUCUAAUUUGGGAGAUGUGGUGAACUCGUGAAUCAAGCAUUCCCAUAACAAGAUUUGGUAUUUGAUGAACCCUAUUAUUGGCUGUGUAGAUUUGACCAUUGUCAUAAUGGAUUUAGAGAAACACUUGUGCUGCGGACAUGAUGGCUGAUGCUGAGGAAUGGAGCAGCUGUAUCUCUUUAUAUCCGUUAUUAAUGGCUUAAAUUUUGUACAAAAAACAAUCACUAGAUGAAAUUUGAUCAAAUUUUGACAGCUACAUUGUAUUAGUUAGUUUCCUAUAAAAGUGCCAUUUUCCGUCUUCCUGGCCUUGUCUGUUCAAUUUUCAGUCGCAUCUACUUUGUAAAAAGUAUUGGCCAAGCUAGUAUUUAGAUUGUCUUUUACUUUAUUUUAAUCAAAAUAUUGUUGAGUUCUUUUAGAA